AUGCAAUUCGGCCUGCGAAAAAGAAAUGCACCGGAAGGAUUUUACAGCGAGAAGUCCCAAGAAAAGCGCAAUGAAGUGGCAAGAUCGAGGGUUGAAUUUACUUUGCAAUCAAAGAGACGAAGGAGAAGCGAAACCGAGCCGGAAGAACUGCAAUUGGACGUAGAUGCUCUUAUGAGGGAUCUUGGCUUUGAUUAUUCUACGAAGAUGACGUCUGUUCUACCAAAGAUGCCCAAGAAGCUACAGUGGAGCCCUGUUAAGAGUCCAAUCACGGAAAGAGCUAAAGCUCCUCGGGGAUGGACGUUAGACGAACCUGAUUUGAGGGACGACGAGCUUGAUGCCCAGAUAAAAAGGUGCAAGGAACGUAUCAGGGGAAAUAUAAUGGCACAUGCCUACGAGUUCAAGCUGAAAGAGCUCAUGGAACAAGCCAAAGAGCGAGAUGCAAUGAUGGCUAAGUAUCCUGGCUUUGAGUGGGCGGUGGUCCAGCGAUUGAAUGAACUCGAUCAAAUUUUGAGAUGGCUGCAAAGCGAGAGCAAGUAUAACCUUGUGAGUACUGUGAGAGCUGUAGCUGCGGCCUAUAAAUCAAGUACCUUGGCUUGGUCUUAUGGUUUUGUUACAUACUGGUCGAAAGGGGUACAGCUUUGUCAACCGAGGCCAUUCAACUGGGAGGAAUUCCAUUACAUUAAUGAGCUCCACGAAGGCCAUACAGCAUUUUGGGUUGAGGGUCUGUGGGAACCUGGACCUCAGAAUCUCGCCGCUGCCGCAGCUCGUCCCUUUGGAACAAACCCCGGGAGAUGGACUAUUCCGAUAGAGGUCAGCCUUCGCAUUCCAGCACGGCUAGGCAGUGCUCCAUAUUCGGAUUUCGAAUUUGAGAUGAAGGACGAUACUGGAGCCGACAUGAUGAAAAUCUGCGAACCAGAUUUGACUUACCUUCAAAGCCUAGAUCCAACGCCUGGUGGUGCUCCCAAUGAUUUACCCCCAUUGAUGGGCGCUAAAACAUUUUGGAUGGCAAACGGCUUAAGUCAUGCCUAUAUAAUCAGGUCGAUGCAAGCAAACAUAUUUGAUCCCCAAUCAAAUGACUACCUAGGGAGAACAUGGGAUUCAGUACCAGCGAUUAUUGCUCCACCCACUGAGAAGACGCGUCUCAAUGGGCCUUGGCUGCGAAAGAAGUUCUAUGUUGCAUCAUCUCCUGAGUCGAAGAGAUUGUGGGUGUAUAACUAUAACCCUAGUAUUAAUAACCGGAACCAUCCACACAAGAUCAUCACCGCAACAAGGGCCCAAAUCGAUGCCCCCUUUCCACCGGACAGUUCUAUUGAACCCAUAGCCAAUUUCCCUGGUCUGGAUCCGAAUAUCGCAUCAGGGGUCCCAGCCCCAUAG